AUGCCCCGCCCCCUUCGACCCCGCCCCGUCGACCCCGCCCCUUCGCCCUUCGCCCCACUUCCUGGCCCGGAGCCCACCGGGCCCCGGCCCUCCCCAUCACACCCGCCCUGGGGACGCUCCGAGGCGGCCGGCACCGCCGGCGCCCCCGCCGCUGCCCGCCCCGCAGCCCCCGCUUCCGCGCCGCCUUCCGCGCCGCCUUCCCCUUCGCCUUGGCGCCCCCCGCCGCCCGGCCUUGUGAUCACGCCGCCCUCGCAGGUGCGCCAGAACUUCCACCCCGAGUGCGAGGCCGCCCUCAACUGCCACGCCAACCUGGAGCUGCACGCCUCCUACGCCUACCUGGUCAUGGCCUUCUCCUUCGACCACGAGGACGGGGCCGCGAAGCCCCUGGCCCGCUGCUUCCUGCGCCGCUCCCACGAGCAGAGCGAGCGCGCCCAGGAGCUGAUGAGCCUGCAGAACCGGCGCGGGGGCCGCCUCCGCUUCCGCAACAUCAGGAAGCCCGACCUGGAAGCCUCGGGGGGCGGCCUCCAGGCCCUGCAGUGCGCCCUGCACCUGGAGAAGCGCGUCCACCAGAGCCUGCUCGACCUGCACCGGCUGGCCACCCGCAAGAGCGACGCCCAGCUCUGUCACUUCCUCAAGAGUCGCUACCUGGACCAGCAGGUCGAGUUCAUCAAAGAGCUGGGGGACCAUGUCACCACGCUGAGCCAGAUGGGGGCCCCGGAGGUUGAGAUGGCCGAGUACCUCUUUGAGAAGCUCACCCUGGGUGACCGCCGCAAGAAGGACUGACCCUGGACUGCCCUCCCCGGAGCCACGGGGCCACUGUCCAAGGCCACCAUGCCCGCGUGGCCCCCACAAUAUUGCCCUUGCAGACAAAGUUCACUCAGGUCUUCCUUCUUUCCCUUUUGCCAUUUCUUCCCGUAAAGUUACUGGUUCUUCAGUAAAUAAAGGUCUCUG